UACAGAAAUCAGAGAGAAGAAGAAGCGUUUGUUGAUAGUUGGCCCCAAAGGAAAGUCCCAUCCAUCUUUCUAAAUCAAAACAAAUGACUAUAAUUAGACAUUUUAAGUCGAAAUCACCGACGAAACUAUAAAACUGAAGUGACUAGAGUGUCUUAAUUCAAGCCAGAGGCGUUAAAUGAGGGUAAGAUGGAUCGGAAAGGGCCGAGGAGCGCCAAGCCGAAGAACGUCCCCCUGCCUGGCAACUUAAUCACUUUGGGCAAGAACCCCGGCCGGACCGAUACCCAGAUCGACAAGGCGUCCGCCCAUUCGACCGCUUAUUCCGCCGGGAAGUCCGCAGGGCCAUCAGGAGAGCGUGGAAGAGAUGGCGGUGGAGGUUCUUCAGGGUUACUUGGAAAAAAGCCCAAGCCAGGCUUGGGAGGUGCGUCUGCAGUUGGACGUCCAGGUGUUUCAAAACAGAUAGCUGGUGAUAAUAUGGUUAACUUGCUGAGUGAAGAAUGGGAAAAUGUUGCUGCAGAGGUCGAUCCAAAUGAUUUGAUUCCCUUCAUAGAGGCAGGAGAGGAUUGUGGAGAUGCUGGUAAUUCAGAGAUGUAUCUGUGUGGAGCUGUCAAGAGUCUGAGAGCGCAGAGGACCAAGCCAGAUAGUUUGCUCUGCUUUUCCCUUAUGUACUUAGCAAAAGUAAAGCCUUACCUUUUCAGCAAAUCUGAAAUGGUUGUGGAGGCUUUCUGUUCACUUCUCAAAAGAGACCAUUCAAUGACCUACAAAACAAAGGGUAAUGCUGCUGUUUCAGUUCUAGCUGCCAACAUUCUGCUGGCAGCCUUUCAAGAUGAAAAAUCGUGGCCAGACAUAUUUGUUCGUGUGUAUAUCGAAGAUUCUCUCGGUGAGCGAAUAUGGGUAGAUCACGAAGACUGCAAAGGAUUCGUAGAUAAUAUUGCCACAGGUUUCAAAACCAAGUUACCCCCUAAGAAUCUUUUGUAUCCUGAUCUGGGAAUGGGUAGCCGUCAAGAUUGUCCCUCUCCUCCUGUGUCAGUAGGUUCAGGGGGAGCUGAUUCUGGUGAUGGUGACUCUGAGUUGUCUUUGGAGUGCAAAGAGAGCUUAGAUGUUAGUGUUACAAAUCGUUAUGCUGGCAUAUUGGCAGAUGUUGAAGAGAUGGUUAUGGAAGCAGUACAACAUCAGUUAGGAGUUAGACAUCAGAGUCCUGAUGCUGUUGCUCGCAAUUUUAUUAGAUUUUUGUCGUCGGUAUGUGGCAUUCCUGAAGUACGUAGACAUGUUGCUCCAAGACUUGAGAUGUGGCUCCAAAGUCCUAAGCUACAAAGACCAGCCACAGAGUUGCUCAUGUCGCUUUGUUUGAAUUGUAAUACUCACUCUCAGCUAGAUAUUGAGUGCAUUAGUCAUGUAAUAAGGCUGAGAUUGAAGCAUAAGCCACUUAUUAAUCAGUAUAUGUCGUGUUUGAGAGAACUACUAGCUGCCCACCCUGAUAAUAUUCCUUCAGUAAUGAAGCAUACAUUGUAUAAUGAACUGUCUCAGGCUAGAAAUCCAAGUAAUAUGGCAAUCCUGUCAGUCAUAUUUCAAUUUGCCCCUGAGCAUGCUGCCAUAAUACUUGCUGAAGAAUUCCAAGAACUUCUUUGUAACAAAGAAGACUUCCUUAGAGCCCUCAGAGCUCUCUUGCGAGAAAUUGUCAGAGCUCUGAGGCAUGACAUGCAGUUUCAGAAAUUUUGCAUAGGUCUGAUGAAAGAUCGAAAAGAUCAGUCAUUUCGCGAUAACUUUGAGUUCAAAGAGAGGAUGUUUCACAGUAUUACUGACCUGAUUGUGCUCACACUCUUUGUGGCCAUCUCCCCUCAAGUAAGGGAGAGUGCAGCUCAAAUGUAUAGAGGGGAACAGAGAGACCUGGAUCCUGUCAGAAGGUACCAAGAACUGGUGGCUUCUGUUCAACGUGAUGCCCUUUCAUGGUUGUAUAGAGUUGUCCCAAAAUGCUACAAUCCCAGUAAGGAGGAAUACACACGAUGCCUCCACAAGAUACUGAUGUUUGAAGGAGCCGAGGUGUAUUUCAACAAAGAUAAUUGGCCCACUGAAAAUGACCGUCCUUUAUAUUUCAGGUUAACUUCGGAAAUACCCGUCAAACAAGAAACCCUGACAAGACUUCUCAUGAUAGCAGUGAUGAAAGAUCAGUGGAUGAAAUCUCAAGAUUUACUAGAGUUAGUUGACAAACUUGUGAAAAGAGCCACAGCCCUUCAUAAUGAUGAACUGGAGGUGUUGCACAUAGAGGACACAAAAAUCAUUGAACUCAUAUUCAACUUAUGCCCAUAUAUUCCCCCUGAGAACUCACCUUUGCCACAGGGUUACAGACCACCAAAAACUGCUAUUGCCAACUUGUAUUGGAAAGCUUGGAUGAUACUUUUGCUUAUAACUGCUCACAAUCCUACAGUAUUUGGAUUACUUGCUUGGGAGUCUUAUCCAACAUUAAGAACACUAAUGGAAAUGUGCAUCACUAAUUCUUUUGUCUUCCCCCCACCUACAUUAGCCACUGGGGAAAAGGGAGAGGAAAUGUCUUCACAAGAGCUGCAUUUAUGUGCACUUGAAAGGCAGCAGAUUCUUGAUUUUGAGUCCCAUUUAGCUCAAAAGACCAUCACUGAGCAAAACAGCCUCCUCUUGAGCCAGCUUAUCACAAUGGAGCCGACCGGUCCAGCUCGAAAACCUCCAGCGAUAGUUCUUGAUCAGUUGAAAGCUCUUAAUACCUCCCAUAAGAUUGGGCAUCUUUUGUGCCGUAGUCGAUCGCCUGACUUUUUAGUUGAUAUCAUUCAGAGGCAGGGAGCUUCACAGAGUAUGCCUUGGUUGGCAGAGUUGGUCCAGAGCAGUGAAGGCGCAUUUUCAGUGUUGCCAGUUCAGUGCUUGUGUGAGUUUUUGCUUAGCGAAGCGGGCACCUCGGGUAGUGAUGUUGCAACCAAACAUCAUCAGUUAUUACAGCACUUGAGAUCGCUGUUGCGAGCUCCGCGCCAAGAAGAUGGAGUUAGUGUAGAAAUAUUGGAAUAUUUUCUUAGGAGGUUGAGUUCACAACAAGCAGCAGCCCGUACACAGGCAGUUCGAGGUUUACAGUUGGUCGUCGCCCCGAUGAACGAUGCCAUGGAAAUAGAUUCUGACUCUCACGCUCCACAUGCUUGGCUGCUGCAGCACUUACCAAACUUGCCUGGAUUUGAUUUGGUGCAAGGAGUAGCUGGCCAGGCUCUUCGUGCAGCGUGCCAGAUUGAGACUGAUCCGCACGCAGUUAGUGCUUACAUCCGAUUUCUCGCCGUGCAUACGCGAGACGAUCCGCUUCAAGACCAAGCUGAGCUCGUGCAGGACAUGGCCCAGCUGAUUGUAGAGCGUUUCACAAUGAUAUCAGCCAUUCUUCCCAUGCCAGAUAGACCCAAUCAACCUUUCAACCAGUCUCACAGCACUCUUAAAGCCUUGCUCAUUAUUUUUAUCAAUUAUAUGCGUAAAGUAAGGUUACCUGCAAGAGAAUCAUUCACCUGGUCGGAAAGUCAGGACCAAGUUCGCAUUCAGUGGGCAUCUGGGGAACAAGCAGUAAUGCAUAUACUCGUUGUCCAUGCAAUGGUGAUUCUCUUAACCCACGGACCAGACAACAGUCCUGACUUGUUCCAUGAACUAUUAACGACGUGGUUUCCUGAGCAAGAGGAAAUGCCCCAAGCGUUUUUGGUCGAUACAUCUGAAGAAGCGUUACUUCUCCCAGACUGGCUCAAGUUGAAGAUGAUCAGGUCAACAGUCCCCCAACUUGUUGAUGCUGCAUUGAAGGAUUUGGAGCCUUCACAGCUGGUGCUUUUCAUUCAGUCCUUUGGAAUUCCUGUUGCAAGCAUGACAAAGCUCCUUUGUGCCCUGGACGUUGCCGUCAACCACAGCGAAGAAGCAGUCGCUGCAGCAGUCUUAGACAAAAGCCACAAGACAUACAUGGCCCAGCUUGUCGAGGUACAACAUCAGCGAGGUGCCAAAGGAGGACAUGCAUUUGCUGCGACCCUCGGGGAGCGAGAUGACAUGGACGUAGUGGGAGAGCGACCGCCUCAAGUACGGCCUCUUGUCACCCCACUGAAGAUAUCUCAGCCACUUCACACUGAACUGAGCAAAAGUGAGGUGCAGUCCUUUGUUCUUCAGUGCUUCACAAAUGAUAUUCUUCACAGAGACCACAAAAAGCAGGUUCAAGACACAAUGAGAGUUUUACAACGUCACUUUACUAGGGAGAUCAGCCGACAAGAUCCCGAAAGUCCUUACAUCAGCGAAUUCCUAAGUAGUCUCACUGCAAUUGUUCAAUCUCCACAGCAUGCUCGGAGCUUUGUUACGGGACUACAUCAACACUACAUUUAUUCUGCCUCACUCUUUCGCCUUUUGCGCACCAUGCACAGCAAGAAAUGCUGUGAAAAGCUGUACAGCAUGACUUGCCAGUUGGUUGCCAUUAUUUUGAGGAUGGCUCCAGAUUUAAAGUCACCACUGACGAAUGUUCUUGAAACCUUCAAUAUUGAGGAACUACAAUUUCAAGAAGUGAAAAAGAAAGAGCCAAAGGCAGAAGUUGAUAUAACUUCAUCAGAGACUAUUUUACUUCAUCUCUCUUGUUUACCACCAAGUCAGUUAGAGAAAGAAAUCUGCAGUGUGGUCAGUUCUGCAAUGAAAGGAGGGAAAAUGACACCAGUUGUUGAAGCACUGACUCAGUUGCUCUUAUCAGGUGUUUCUCUAAAACAAGAGGAGGAUGUACAAAAGGGAAACAAUCCUCCCUCUGCUCUGUUAUUAGAUUGGUUGCAAGUUCUAGACCCAGAGUUAGAAAAAGGGUCAAACCAGUUACAGCAAAUUUUACUCUUCAAGAAACGAGCCGGGAAUAAGCAACAGGAAGGGAGCUAUAGCCAGGCCUACCUCCUUGCAGCAUUCACACAUCAGGCACGGUGGGACACACUUGAGCACUGUGUGCGUUCUUUGUUACGUGUGCAUAGUACAACACUUGACCCUGCUGCUGUUCUUGGAUUUGUUUGGGCAGUGUUACAUGUGCCAAAACUUUGGCAGGGAAGAGAACGUAGAACCCCUCGUCAUGCUCCUCAAGAAGCCCUUUUAACAUUUAGUACUUCUGAAAUAGUUCAUUUAGUCCAGUAUAUGAUUGCUGAUUGUCAAACCGCACUCGAAGCUGGACGCGGCAUAACCAGUUUAGAAAAGCAUUUGCCAUUACUGCUUCAUAGCUUAAAUAACUCUUCAGAGGCAAUGCAGGUUUUGGCGGAACAUUUGUCAGGAGUUUCUCAGGAUACCAAGUCAAGUGGCCAAGCAGCUGGGCAUCUAUUGUAUCAUCUUUAUUUGCGAAUGCCUCGAAUUAUAUCGUAUUUACCAGCAGGCACAAUGACAAGAGUUGUGAUGUCUGGGGCCAAAGGAGGUCGAGCUCAGGAGAGUGGUGCAGAUGUUGCUCUUCACACACUUCUUACAAUGCUUGCUUCACCCCAGCCUGGUCGAGAAUUUAGAAGGCGAAUGUGUGAUAUAGAGGCAGCAGUUCGCAAGCAGGCUGUAUCACACCCAUUAAUUGUACUGCGUCACUUGCCGUUGUUAGCAGCAUCACUGAAAGGCACUAAUCAUUUGCAGUUGUCAGCAUUGCGGGCGAGCAAUUACCUUGAACUAUUCUCAAUGAUAUUGGGAGUGUUGGAACUCCUACAGCCACUGCUAUUUGCUCCACAACAUCAUGAAGCACUGACUCCUUUGUUGGACAGUUUUAUGGCAUUAUUCACAUCUGUUCAUGAGCUGGGACAUCUUCUUGCCCGUUUUUCCCAUCUGUUAAUGGUAUGGGUUGGAUGUCAAGGUGGUCCUGCAGCAACAUACCUGUGCGCGCAUUCCAGUCUGUUAGCUACUCUGCAGACUCAUCAUCCUGAUAUUGCAGCCUUGCGAUCAUUGGCUGCAAUUGCAGCUGCUCGAGGGAUGGACCAGCCCAAGGAGUCAACUUCGAAUCAGCAGACUAACAUUGAUCUGAGUUUGUCUACUGGAUGUUUUCAGGGACCAAUGCCUCCUCCUUUUAUUAUGGCACAAGUGAACGAAAUGCAAGCAAGGCUUGAAGGUCCAGGAUUGCCUGAAGAACAACUAGAAAUCCUGAAGAAGAUUAGUGAAUUAGCCGAUCGUUGGGUCAGUGCAGUUUUACCAUCGUAUACUCAUAUAUUUUGCACUGGCAUAUCCAGCGAAAACAAAGGUCUGCGUAUGAUGUGUUGGGAGCUGAUAUCACGCCUGUUGCAUCAGCGACCUGCUCUGGGGGGCCGCAUUGGUCAGGCAGUUCUCGCUGCCCUGAAAUCAGAAGAUAGUGCUGUGGUAGAGACUGCUCUAGAACAUCUUCCUGAAGUGAUUUUGUUGCUGCACGACCAAGCACCAGAACUACUUUGUGCUGCCUUUGUCUCGGCGUUAACAUCAUCCGCUGGCGCAUCAGCCUCGUUAAGCGAAGCUUUAAGUUUGUUACAUUUGCAUACUGGGUCAUAGUGCAAAAGUUUAUCAGUCUUCUUUUUGAGAGAGAUAAUUAUUAUUAUCAUCAGUAUAUAGUAGCUGGAGGAGGAUUAAUUUUCUUUGUUUUAGGAUUAAAGAGACCUAAUACGUUAUGUAUUGUAAUUUCCACAUUAAAAUAAGUAAUCAACAUAUUAC